AUGCCAUUAAAUUUAAGGAUUUUUGUUUUAUUUCAUGAUUAUUUUUUUUUAAUAUUAUGUUUAACUAUUUUUGCUAUAACACCAGUAGUUCAAGCGGCAGAUGUUAGAUCAUUUUGUAAAUGCGUUUGUGAUCAAAAUUCAACAAUUGUUCCUUUAAGAAUAAAUCAAACAUGUUCUGAUUGUAAUUUAGCUUUUUGUAAAGAAAAUACUUCAAAAGAGGAUUGUGAUAUUCCUACGUGUUUUCAACGAGAUUCUUACAAGGAUGAAGUUAUUGUAUAUUUCUAUAUUAUUAUAACGAGUGGAUUACUUCUAAUAGCUCUUACAAAACCUUAUAUAGAAAGAUGGUGGAGAAGGACAAAUCCACCACAUACUUACACUUCAAUGCCGAAUAGUUAG